CCGGUUUCAGGCGUUGUCGUUUCCGGGGCACGCCGACGUCAGCGUGCGUGAGCGCGGGAAGUUCGAGUUCUGUCUGUCGCUGUUGUGAGUUUCAGUAAUGGACAUUUCUGACCAUCACAUGUCCGAUGUCGCCAUCAUCCGCCCUGAAGUGCACAUAGAAGUAAACGUCAAAUCUCAGAGCACAGUGAAGAGGUCAGAGGUGAGGACGCAUGUGUUGUCUCUGCUGGAUCGACACAGCACUGUUUUAGCCUCCUACAGAUGGACAGAGUUUGAUGAUGAAUUUCUAACCAGAAAUGUGGAGUCGGUCGCUGUGGCGGAUUUAACCGGUCCAAAACUUGUGGAUCUGAAGGCUCACAACCUUUGUAUCCAUAUCUUCUCUCUGAAUGAUGACAGUCCCAGCACGCUUGCUCUAGAAGAGGAGGAGGAGCUCUCUGCUGCCAAUCAUUGGCUCCUCCCAGCAGCUGAGUUUCAUGGCAUUUGGGAAAGCUUGAUUUAUGAGGAAGGCAUCAAAACACAACUCUUGGAUUAUGUUUCCACGAUGAUUUUCUUCUCUGACAGAAAUGUGGACAGCAAUUUGAUCGCCUGGAAUCGUGUGGUGUUACUUCACGGGCCGCCUGGCACAGGGAAGACGUCUCUGUGUAAAGGACUCGCCCAGAAGCUCUCCAUCAGACUGUCUGACAGGUAUGCACACAGCCAGUUCGUGGAGAUUAACAGCCACAGUCUCUUCUCCAAGUGGUUCUCCGAGAGCGGGAAACUGGUCACAAAGAUGUUUCAGAAGAUCCAGGAGCUCAUCGAUGAUAAAGACGCCCUGGUGUUUGUCCUGAUCGAUGAGGUGGAGAGUCUCACAGCUGCACGCAGCGCCGCUCAAGCAGGAACAGAGCCGUCUGACGCUAUCAGGGUGGUCAAUUCAGUGCUGACCCAGCUCGACCAGAUCAAACGGCACCCGAAUGUCGUGAUCCUCACCACAUCCAACGUCACGGAGAAGAUCGAUCUGGCCUUCGUGGACCGCGCUGAUAUAAAGCAGUACAUCGGGCCCCCGAGCGCCAGCGCCAUAUUCCACAUCUAUCUGUCCUGUCUGGAGGAGCUGAUGAAGCGUCACAUCAUCUACCCCAGACAGCAGCUGCUGAGUUUGGAGGAACUGGGCACCAUGAACUUCAUGGAGAGCGACGUGACCCGUCUGAGCUUAACCCUGAGGAACCUGGCCCAGAGGAGCGUGGGACUCAGCGGACGAGCCUUGAGGAAAACCCCUUUUCUGGCUCAUGCGCUCUAUGGGAAGUCCUCCGCGAUGACAGUCGAGGUUUUUUUGAAAGCGAUGGAGCGUGCCGUGGACAAACAGAGACAGGAACAGGCGAGUUUGGUCAACUGUGUCUGAGCGACUGACGUUCUGCUGGCGUCACAACGGUUUCUUCUUGUUUUGUUUGCUAAUUCAGCGUUUCUAGUGCUAAUGUUGUCCCACAACCAACCACUGUUGUGUUAUUUCAUGUUAGAGAGUUUAAAACAGCAUUUAUCUAUGAGACUCAUCUGCUGGGUAACAUAAGAUAUUCAUAAGCUGAAGUUGUGGUGUCAGAAAUCCAUGUUUGAAAUGUGCAAUGUAGCAGCUGCUAUUUGCAUGUGAACAAAUUAAUGUUCAGUUUUUAUGUAUGUAUAUAUUUAAAUCAUUUAAUUAAAGCGAGA